AUGGCUAAAGGCAAGACCAUGUCCAAGCCCCGGGAAGGCAAAGCGGAGGCGGCGGCGGCUCCGGAGAGCACCGAGAGAAGGGGGCCCGGCCGCCCCAGGAUGAACGGGGAGAAUGUAUUUCUUGGCCAGUCCAAAAUCUACACCUACCUAAGUUCUAACAAAUCUCCUGGUGCUCGUCCUCCACUUCAAGAGGAAAACUCGGUCAUGCAUCAUGAGGUGAAAUGUCAAGGCAAAACACUAAAUGAAACAUGCAAAAGAGGAGACGGGAAAAAAAGUACUCUUAAUACAAUAGAAGGUGCUAUAAAACCAGAAGACCAGAAUGAUAAAGAAAGUGGGUGUGAUUCUUCAGUGUCCUUUCCUAAUCAAAAACAAGAAGCUGCAGAAACUCAGAAAAACAUGCCUCUGCCUUCUGAUUCUACUGAUGCAGCAAAUGCAAAGCAAGCUCAGAAGAAGGUGGUAAAAGCAAAACCUGGACCAAGGAGAAAAGUGCAAGGAAAAACAUCACAGAAUCGAAAAGUGACAGAUUAUUACCCUGUUAGAAGAAGUUCCCGGAAGAGCAAAACGGAAUUGCAGACUGAGGAAAAGAGGAGAAUAGAUGAAUUAAUUGAAAGUGGGAAAGAAGAAGGAAUGAAGAUUGACUUCAUUGAUGGUAAAGGGAGAGGGGUAAUUGCUACCAAACACUUUAAUCGAGGAGAAUUUGUGGUAGAAUAUCAUGGGGAUCUCAUAGAGAUCACUGAUGCUAAAAAGCGAGAAGCUGUGUAUGCCCAAGAUCCAUCCACAGGCUGCUAUAUGUACUACUUUCAGUAUUUAAGCAAAAUGUACUGUGUCGAUGCUACAAAAGAGACUAAUCGUCUGGGAAGGCUGAUUAAUCACAGCAAAUGUGGCAAUUGUCAAACAAAGCUUCAUGAUGUUGACGGCGUACCUCAUCUCAUACUGAUAGCCUCACGAGACAUUAAAGUGGGUGAAGAACUAUUGUAUGAUUAUGGAGACAGGAGCAAAGCUUCCAUUGAAGCUCAUCCGUGGCUGAAACACUAA